CGAAGGAACCGAGCGUCAGAAAAGAAAAUACAAACGCACAACUGGACAAUUGUUUUAUCUGAGUAGCUGUUUUUAGACGAGAUUUUUCCAAUUAGUGUGAAUAAAAUGUCCGACGAAGAGGAAGACUAUAUGUCUGAUGCAUUUCUCAGCAAAAUUCAAGAUGUGAAACCAGGAGUCAGCAUGGUGCGGCGGGUCAAAGAGGCAAUGAAGAGGGAGGCGCAGCAGAAGGAGAAGAACACGAAGAACCGCCAGAAGAGCUACAAGGAGCAGGAGAGAGACAGCCGAGAAGCAGCUUUACAGAGCUCACUCAGCAAUGAGAACAAGGGGUUUGCACUUCUGCAGAAAAUGGGCUACAAAGCCGGCCAAGGGCUCGGGAAGGAGGGAGCAGGAAGGGUUGAUCCAAUUCCACUAAAUAUCAAAACAGACAGGGGGGGCAUUGGAAUGGAAGAGAUGAAGAAAAGAAAAGCUGAGGAGGAACUGGAGCAUUAUAGGCAGAAAGUACGAGCCAAACAGCAGAAUGAGACCAAAUCUCUGGAAGACUUCAGGUCAAGAGUAAGGACGGAGAGAGAGGAGCGAAAGAUUGACGGAGAUCUCAGGAGGAGUCAGCGAGCUUGCGAACAGCUUGACAGUCAAAAGGGGAUAACUGUUCCUAGAGAAGACUGGUACUGGCCUAAAGCAAAUGCUGAUGAUGAGGAUGACAGUCUUAAAGAAGUGGAGGAGGAGGAGGAGGAGGAGGAAGAGGAGAUUACAGAACUAACUUCUUUUGAUAAACUGCACAUUUUGACAUCCUAUUUGAGAGGAGUCCAUUUUUACUGCAUAUGGUGUGGAACCACUUAUAAUGAUGAAGAGGACCUGUACUCCAAUUGUCCUGGGGAAACAGCAGCAGACCAUGAAUGAAUGCAAUGAAAACUAAUGUGCAUAAGUUUCCAUUAAAAAAAAAAAAGUUACAAAUGUUUGAUCAUGGAAAUAUUUUUUGCAUAAGUGAGUGCAAAAAAAUAACUGAAUUAAGGUUCUUUUUCAUCCAGUUUUAACCUGCUGUCAUUACUAAAAGAGCAUCAGGUUUAUAUUUGUUGAUGAAUAGUCUUUUUUUUUUUUUUCCUUCAUU